AUGGAAGACACUUAUAACAAUUAUACGGUAAAAGUGAGCUUUUUUGACCCAUUGGGUGUAUUUGAUGCUAUUCGUCCUGAACUAGAUAAAUUGUUACCAUUAAACGCAGUUUAUUGGAAAACAGAUGAUGGUGUAUUACGAUCAAUAGGUAAGUUACCUGUGGAAUUUAUUCCCGCUGUUGAGGAGGUAAAAGAUGAUCUUCUGCAAGAUAAACCAUUAAUAUUUAUGAUCAAUGUUACGUGUUCCUCUGUAAAUGAAUACAGAAAUAAAGUUCGACCAUUGAUUAGACGUUGGGUGCCAGCUACAGAUGCUGCUGUUGAUAUUGGAGAGAAGUUUAGUUUACCUUCCGAGUAUGUGAUUCUUUUUCAUUCAAAUUCAGAGGUAUUAGAUUCGAAUCUAUUUAAGUCGGUAUCUUUAAUUGAGAAGCUGAAUAAGGACUUUCCUUCCAUCAAGGUGAUUGAAAGUAAGACUAUUUACAAGAAUGAUAAAGAAAAACAAGACUUUUGGAACAGUACCAUGAGCUUUUUUAAAAACACUCUGUUAACCAUCUUCCAGAGGCGUCUAGGUAUCCUGGAAACAGAGCUUAAUUCCAAGAAAAUCUCUUUUGAGAAAGCAUUGAUACUGGAAGAGAAGAUCCUUUAUUUAUACUUAUCAUUUCGCAUUUAUGACAAAGCAAUUCCUCAGUUGAGGAAAAUCUCAUCGUAUCUAACAUCUGAAGCUAUGUCAGAAUUGACAGAUGGUGAUAUUGAAGUGCCAUUUAGUGUUCCAGUGAAUGGAAUAGAGACAAUUUGUGAAUCAAUACAGUCGCAUACGUUGACAAAGUACUCUAUUUAUAAAUAUAUCCUGGUGCAUCAACUACUGUUGUCAGAACACUCAGUUUCACCAAUGUCAUCUACCCAUGCACAACUACAAAUUGCAAGGGAAUUCUACAUGCAUGUAAAAGCCAUAUUUGAGGGAUCCAAAAAGUUGCUGCAGUUUAACUAUUUUUACUUGGAAUGCCUUCUAAAUCGCAUUUCAUCCAAUAAGGACGAUAUAUGUCAUGAAACGUAUGCUGCACUACUGUUGCAUCAACGUGAUUGCUGGCUAAAGUUAGUCUAUGCUAAUACCAAUUUUAGAAUUGAAACAAUAUCAUUCCCACCAACCAGCGUUGUGUACGAGGACGAUAAAUUAAAGAAUACUUACGAAACAGAAGACAUGUUUCAGAAGACCUUUAUCGAGAAAACUUCCUACUUGUUGGAUUCAUUUAAAAAAUGUAGUAGGAAACACCAGAGGAUGAUGGACUGGCUAACGGUUCAAAAAUGCACUCUAUAUUGCCAAAGAGGUGAGUAUAAUAUUGCAUUAGAUCUACUAAAAGCACGCUAUGGUAGCCAUAUAGAUCUUAGAUGGCGUGGAAUGGGGCGUUACUUAUUAGAGCUGUAUGUCAAAUGCAUAAAGAAUUUGCCUUCCCUUGAAAAUUUAGAACUAGAUGGUGGUAAACUUCCCGUACGCAGUGUAUUGAGGAACUGCUUUUUAGAUCUAUUGGUACUUUCACCUGAUUCUAAGCUUCAUUGGUGGAAAGAAUUUCAAGCGCUGCCUGAUGAAAAUGAGAAUCAGUUAAUAUAUUUAUUGGACAAUGUUUUCAAAGUUGAAAUAUCAGGUAAAACCUUUCUUUCGCAGCCUAAUACUUAUGCGUUAACCAUCACAGUACUAAAUAACGUGAUUCCAGGUGCCGUAAAUGUCUCAUCAAUAAAACUGCUGCUGAAAAAUGCUGGUGGUGACUUAUUGGUAUUUACUGCAUCUGAGAUAACGAUAGCAGAAGGCUCUAACUCAAUAAUACUUGAAGCUACAGAUGUGAAAUUCUCAACCUUUGAGUUUAUCAGUCUUGAAAUCACUGUUGGUAAUACCACAUUCAGCAAGAGUUUUGAAUUUGAACCCAGUCGUUAUCUCACAUUACAAGAACUGUAUUGUAAGGAGAAUUUUAAUUGUCUAAUCUCCAUGAUGAAAAGGACAGUAGUGAAUGAUAUUAAGCUGCAUUUGGAAAUCAAGAACAAAAAAUCGGUGAACAACUUUUCAUUGCAAUUAACUGCAAUUCGAUCCGGUAUAAAAGAUAACAAAUCUGCGUUUUCUUUUAGUAAGACGGAUUUAUUGCAUACUCUCACAAUCAAUGAUAUGAAUGUGGAAGAGAUACCUUACUUUCUCAAAUACCCUAUCGACAAUAUCAGAUUGGGCUAUGACUUGCAAUUUGAAAAAAAUGGACUUAAAUAUCGUCAACGUCAUUAUACAGAUAUUGAAGUUCGCUUGCCACUUUCAGUCACAGUUGGCGAUAUUUUUAAAAGGGAUUGCUUUUAUUUCAAAUUCAUGGUAAGUGCGUGUAGUAAUUUCCCGAUAGCAUUGUAUUCGUGUUAUUUGGACCAAGAUGACUCCAGCCGACAGAAAUAUGUUAUCUCAGAUGGGUUUAAGCCUGAACGGGCAAUUAUAUUAAGGCCUAAUACUAAUGACUUGUGUUCCAACAUUUAUAAGAUUCAGGUUAAGGAUAACCUCAGUUAUAAGCAGGCAGAUUCAUUCAAACUCGUGGUUGAAUACUAUACUGCAAAGCAAAUUCUGGAUCGGAUCGUCACUGAGAUUUUCCUUCGUGACUUCUUACAAUCGAAUAAGGACAGUCACGAACUAUGGAGUGAGUUUUGGAGGCGUAAGGUCCUGCCCCAAGUGAUAUACGAUUACUCUCACUUUGGAGAGAUGAAAUUAGUCAAAAUACUAGGUACAUCGCAACAGUUGCUUUCUUUUAUUAAAACAGAAGUAUAUGAUACUGGGCUCCGUGAUCAAUAUUGCAUCUUCAUUAAGACAUUGACAUCCGGCAUUGAAAUUCCUCCAGAGCUGCUAAAAAAUUUACCUAGCGAUGGAAACAUUCUCACUGUCCCUGUGUCGCUACCACAUAUAAAGCAUUUGUUCUAUGUUGAACUAAAACCGGAAUUCCGUAGUCAUUAUGCCUUUGGGGAAAUCAUUCCUAUGGAGCUAAGAGUAAGCAAUUUAUCUUACAAGUGGGGAAUUAAUGAUGCAGAUGCAACUUAUAUUCUUAAAGUAUUCAAUACUAGCGACUGGGCCAUUAACGGCAAACGCCGUGCGGUUAUCGAGAGCGCAGAAGUGAAUUUUAACAUACAAAUAAUUCCCUUGCGGCGCGGUGAUUUGCCAUAUCCUAAGGUUGAAAUUUAUACAAGCGAUAAAAUUAAGGUUGAUGAAGUCGAUUACUUGAACUCAUAUGAAACUGUGCUCGUUGUGUAG